AUCUUUAUUUGUCCAUACAAUUCACCCUUUAAAAAAAAGCCAAGAAAUACGUUGAAAUAUAUUUGUACAAAUAAUAAAAUAUUUUUAACGGAUAGUAUAUCAUAUAUAACUUUUCUUGGCAAAAAAGAAUAAUUAUAUUUCAUGUGAUAAUAAUGAAGCCUUGUUGCUUCGUUAUUCUUGUAUUUAUUUCGGUAAUAUUUACCGUUAAAGGAGGAGAAUGGGGAAAUGAAGGAAUAAGAGGAGUAAAUUCUUUACCUAUAUCAAGUAUUAAUAAUCAAAACGAAGAAAUAUCAUUAACAAAACGUUGGCAUACGGGUAAAAUAUUAGUAAGAAAUCCUGGGGAAGAAGGAGAAGAUUAUAAAAAACAUCCAAAUUCAUCACAAAAUCCAACCAAUCAGGCAAAAGCCAUUAAUGGUAAUAAUAAGGGAAAAGAGGAUGAAACACAAAAUGCUCAAAAUCAAAAUGUUGAAAAUGCUAAUAAUACUGCUAAAAAAUUAGAAGAAGAAGCUCAAACCAUUAAUAGAGUUAUUGUUGUAUUGGGUUCACUCGGUGCUUCUUUAUUAUUGGUUGCUAUUGCUAUUGCCGUGUUAUAUUGGAAAGUUAGGAGACAACAAAAAUUAGUGAAAAGUGUUAGAUUUCACGAAUCUGAUAUAUUAAAAGUUGGAGGAGAGGGAAAUACUGAUGAUAAUAACAAUAAUAAUAAUAACAAUAAUAACAAUAACAAUAAUGGAAAUGGAAGCGGAAAUGGGAAAGGAGAUACUGGAAGUGGUGUAGGUGGUGGUGAAACGAGUAUAGGAGAUGAUAGCGAAGAUUUGUUUACUCCAGUAAGAAGUGAAAAAUCAAUUGUAAUUAAUCCUAAUUCAUCGAGUGGUGUUAAUAACGGAAUUGGUGUUGGGAUUGUUGGUGAUAAGGUUAAUAAUGAAACAUCAGAAUCACAACGUAUACAAAUUCAUAUACAGCAACAACUAUCUCCACAACCAACUGCUCCACCGGCAGAGAAAUUAAUUGAAGAUAAUAAUGAUUUGGACAUUGAUAUUAGUGGUAGCAAUCUUUCUACUCCACCUUUAUUAGCUCCACCAGCCUAUACACCGACAGCUCCACCAAUAUACGCUUUACCACAUACUCCAAUCGAGUUGUAUUCAGAUGAAAAUACUUAUCAACAUAAUCCAGAAAAUAAUAAUAAUAAUGGUGGGGCUUUUAUAAGGAUGCCCUUACCUGCCUGGUACGCUGCUGGUCCAACGUCGCAAAUUAAUAUUCCCACUACAAUAAUACAACCUGCAACAAAUUUAAAUUCAUCCUUUAGUUCACGUGAAAAUAAUGAUGAAAAUGAUAGAUCUACACAUCAAAGACAGACUAUAUAAAAGACAUUCUUAUGUUGCUGUUAAAAAACAUUUUUAUUAACAUUAUUAUUUUGAUUUUCUUCUUUAAUGACUUUUUUUUUUUUUUAAAAAAAAAAAAA